AAAUUAAAAUUGAGAAAAGCUCUAAAAAAGUGACCAAUAGAUUUCAAAUACAGUGAAAAUCGAAUUAAACCGGUUUGCUGUCUAGAUAUAAGAGUUGUAAGGAUAUAAAACCAUUAUUACUACCCAUGAAAAGGGGCUAUAGAAAUAUACAUUUUCAUACACCAUUUUCUGACAAAAAUGCAGUUCAAUGAACAUUUAUCGGACUGCGAUGCAUGCUCAGAUCUACCCAUACUCAAUAAUCUAUCCAUCCUUGGUGUAGAUUUUGUAGAAAAUAAGAAAGAUGAUGCCAAAGUAAAUGUGUUAAACUUGAACAAAUGUUUUGAAGAUGAUCAACCAGAAAAUAGCAAUAAUGUGCCCAUAUUUAAUAACCUAACUAUCCUGCAAAGAGAAUUGCAUGAAAAGCAACAAUAUAAAGAUGAUGCAGACAAACCUUAUGAAUUAAAGAAUCAGUAUCAAAGUAUCAAAGGCAAAUGCAAUGUAGAGACUACAGACUAUGAUAUUAUUAUGUUAUUUGAAAACGAUGAAAUCAAUAAACCUUUAGAUGCAAAUGAAAUUUUUACUGAACCAAACAUUUAUUGUGUUCACGAUGAUAUUAAUCUGCAUGCUGAAGAUGCAAACGUAAGGAGCUAUCCAUUAAUAGAAGAUGAAAACGAAAAUAGUAAUUUCACUAUUGAAGCAAAUAAUAGGAAAUCAGAAUCUGAUUUAGACACAAAUAAGGACAUUAAAAGAGUAAAAAAGGUGUAUUCUCGUAAGUUAAAAAGUAAAAACCAAAAUAAAAUUGUUAAUCCAGAACCCAUUGAUCCCAGUGAAACACUUAACACAAAAUUAGAGAGUCAAAAACCAAAUAAUAUUCUAGAAUUACAGUUAAGUGUUAAUCACACUGAAGUAUGUGACACAGGAUUAAAGAUUCAAAACCAAAAUUAUGCUCUCAACACAGAAACGAAUGUGCAUUUCAGUGAAAUUUGUGAAAGUGAAACAAAUAGUACAGAACGAGAUGAUAAUGUAGAAAAAACAUCAUUUGUUCAUACCAAUGAAAUACACGACAAAGAAUUAAAAAGAAUAAAACAUAUUGCAGAGGUAGAAUCAAUUAAUAACAGUGAAAUUUUUGCUCAAAACAUAAAUACAGCAACCUUUCCCUAUCGCUACGAAAUCUGUGAAACAGAAUUAAUUAAUCAAAUACCAAUAAGUUACGCACACAUGAGGUGUAUAAAACAAGAUGACAUUUUAGAAACAGAAUCAUUAAUUAAAACUAAUCAAUUAUAUGACACAGAUAUGCAUAGUCAAAAACAAAAUCAUACUGAAGAAAUACAGCCUGGUGAAAGAUGUGUCACAGAAUUAAAAGAUAAAAUGAAACUUCAUAUAGCAGAAAUAGAUUCAAUUUCUAAUAGAAGUGACAUAUUAUGUGACUCAGAAUCAAAUGGUAAUAAUCUAAAUAUUAUUGUAAAACCAGGAUCCAUUCCUUACAGCUGCGAAACAUGUGAAACAGAAUUAAUAAGUCAAAAACAAAAUGCAAUAUUUUUCAAUGUAGAAAAAAUUGUUCAACCCAGUGUGAAGUUUGACACAGAAGUAUCUCAUGCUAUUAAAAACAGUGAAGCUGGGUCAGGGAAUCAAAUACAAAAUAAUAAGGUAGAAAACGAAACAACGGAUCAGCCCAGUGAAAUAAUAUGUGACACAGAAUUAAAAAGUAAAAAACAAAAUGACAUUGUAGGCAUAGCAUCAUUCGUUCAGGCCAGUAAAAUGUGUGACACAGAUGUAAACAGCGAAGCAGAACUUCAAAUUACUGAAAUGGAAUCCAAUGUUCAUCUCAGUGGAAUAUGUGGCAUAGAAUUCAAAAGUGGAAAACAAAAAGAUAUUGUGGAAAUAGAUCCAUUCGUUCUCGACCGUGAAAUUCGUGACACAGAUACAAAGAUUAAGCAAAUACUUCAUACUACAGCAGUGGAAACAGUUGUUCAGCCUAAUGAAAUAAGUGACACAACAUUAAAAAGUAGAAAACAAAGUAACACUUUAGGAAUAGAAUCAUUCGAUCAUGACAGUGUAAAAUGUGACACAGAUAUGAAGAUAAAAAAACAACUUAAUAGCACAGCAAUGGAAAAAAUUUGCCAGCCCAGUAAAAUGUGUGACAUAGAAUUAAAAAGUGGAAAACCAGAAGUUAUUGUAGAAAUAGAUCCAUUCGUUCACGAUCGUAAAAUGCGUGACACAGAUAUGACGAUUGGGAAAAAACUUCAUGCUACAGCAGUUGAAACAAUUGUUCAGCCCAGUGAAAUAUGUAACCAACAAUUAAAGAGUGGAAAACAAAAAGACAUUGUAGAAAUGGAUCCAUCCGUUCACGACCGUGAAAUGCGUGAUUCAGAUAUGACGAUUGAGAAAAAAUUUCAUACUACAGCAGUCGAAACAAUUGUUCAGCUCAGUAAAAUAUGUAAACAACAAUUAAAGAGUGGAAAACAAAAAUACAUUGUAGGAAUAGAUCCAUCCGUUCACGACCGUGAAAUGCGUAGCACAGAUAUGACGAUUGCGAAAAAACUUCAUACUAUAGCAGUUGAAACAAUUGUUCAGCCCAGUGAUAUAUGUAACCAACAAAUAAAGAGUAGAAAACGAAAAGACAUUGUAGAAAUAGAUCCAACCGUUCACAACCGUGAAAUGCGUGACACAGAUAUGAUGAUUGAGAAAAAACUUCAUUCUACAGUAGUCGAAACAAUUGUUCAGCCCAAUGAAAUAUGUUACCCACGAUUAAAGAGUGGAAAACAAAAAGACAUUGUAGAAAAAGAUCCAUCCGUUGUCGACCGUGAAAUGCGUGAUUCAGAUAUGACGAUUGAGAAAAAACUUCAUACUACAGCAGUCGAAACAAUUGUUCAGCCCAGUGAAAUAUGUAACCAACAAUUAAAGAGUGGAAAACAAAAAUACAUUGUAGCAAUAGAUCCAUCCGUUCACGACCGUGAAAUGCGUGACACAGAUAUGACGAUUGAGAAAAAACUUCAUUCUACAGUAGUCGAAACAAUUGUUCAGCCCAGUGAAAUAUGUAACCAACGAUUAAAGAGUGGAAAACAAAAAGACAUUGUAGAAAUAGAUCCAUCCGUUGUCGACCGUGAAAUGCGUGAUUCAGAUAUGAAGAUUGAGAAAAUACUUCAUAUUGCAGCAGUGGAGUCAGUUGUCCAGGCCAGUGAAAUGUGUGACACAGAAUUAGAGAGUGGAAAACAUAAAGAUAUUGUAGAAAUAGAUCCGUUCUUCCACAAAAGUCAAAUGCGAGACACAGAUAAUAUGACGAUUAAGAAAAAACUUCACACUACAAAAGUGGAAACAAUUGUUCAGCCCAGUGAAAUAUGUAACCAACAAUUAAAUAGUGGAAAACAAAAAGACAUUGUAGAAAUAGAUUCAUCCGUUCACGGCCGUGAAAUGCGUGAUUCAGAUAUGAAGAUACUGAAAGAACUUAAUACUGCAGUGGAAGCAGUUGUGCAGCCCAGUGAAAUGUGUGGCACAGUAUUAAAGAGUGAAAAACAAAAAGACAUUGUAGAAAUAUAUCCAUCCAUUCACGACGGUGCAAUGCGUGACACAGAUAUGACGAUUGAGAAAAAACUACAUAGUACAGUAGUCGAUCCAAUGGUUCAGCCCAGUGAUAUAUGUAACCAACAAUUAAAGAGUGGAAAACAAAAAGACAUUGUAGAAAUAGAUCCAUCCGAUGUCGACCGUGAAAUGCGUGAUUCAGAUAUGAAGAUUGUGAAAAAACUUCAUACUGCAGCAGUGGAAGUAGUUGUCGAGGCAAGUGAAAUGUGUGACAUAGAAUUAGAGAGUGGAAAACAUAAUGAUAUUGUAGAAAUAGAUCCAUCCGUUCACGACCGUAAAAUGCGUGACAUAGUUAUGACGAUUGAGAAUAAACUUCAUUCUACAGUAGUCGAAUCAAUUGUUCAGCCCAUUGAAAUAUGUAACCAACAAUUAAACAGUGGAAAACAAAAAGACAUUGUAGAAAUAGAUCCAUCCGUUGUCGACCGUGAAAUGCGUGAUUCAGAUAUGAAGAUUGUGAAAAAAAUUCAUACUGCAGCAGUGGAGUCAGUUGUUCAGCAAAGUGAAAUGUGUGACACAGAAUUAGAGAGUGGAAAAAAUAACGAUAUUGUAGAAAUAGAUCCAUCCGUUCACAACCGUGAAAUGCGUGACACAGAUAUGACGAUUGAGAAAAAACUUCAUUCUACAGUAGUCGAAACAAUUGUUCAGCCCAGUGAAAUAUGUAACCAACGAUUAAAGAGCGGAAAACAAAAAGACAUUGUAGAAAUAGAACCAUCCGUUCACGACCGUGAAAUUGGUGAUACAGAUAUGAAGAUUGUUAAAAAAAUUCAAAAUGCAGCAGUGGAAACAGCUGUCCAGCCCAGUGAAAUCUGUGACACAGAAUUAAAGAGUGAAAAACAAAAAGACACUGUAGAAAUAGAUCCAUCCGUUCACGACGGUAAAAUGCGUGACACGGAUAUGACGAUUGGUGAUAAAGAUAUGAAGAUUGUUAAAAAACUUCAUACUACAGAAGUCGAAACAAUUGUUCAGCCCAGCGAAAUAUGUAACCAACAAUUAAAGAGUGGAAAACAAAUAGACAUAGUAAAAAUAGAUCCAUCCGUUCACGACCGUGAAAUACGUGAUUCAAAUAUGAAGAUUGCGAAAAAACUACAUACUGCAGCAGACGAAGCAGUUGUCGAGGCCAGUGAAAUGUGUGCCAUAGAAUUAAAGAGUGGAAAACAUAAUGAUAUUGUAAAAAUAGAUCCAUCCGUUCACGACCGUGAAAUGCGUGACACAGAUAUGACGAUUGAGAAAAAACUUCAUUUUACAGUAGUCGAAACAAUUGUACAGCCCAGUGAAAUAUGUAACCAACGAUUAAAGAGUGGAAAUCAAAAACACAUUGUAGAAAAAGAUCCAUUCGUUCCCGACCGUGAAAUUCGUGACACAAACAAAAAGAUUAAGAAAAAACUUCAAACUGCAGCAGUGGAAAAAGUUGUUCAGCCUAGUGAAAUAAGAGACACAACAUUAAGAAGUAGAAAAGAAAAAAACACUGUAAGAAUCGAAUCAUUCGUACACGAUAGUGUAAAAUGUGACACUGAUAUGAAGAGUAAGAAAAAACUUAUAAGCACAAAAAUUGAAACAAAUUUGCAGCCCGGUAAAACGUGUGACAUAAAAUUAAAAAGUGGAAAACCAGAAGAUAUUGUAGAAAAAGUACCUUUCGUUCACGAUCGUGAAAUGCGUGUCACAGAUAUGAAGAUUAAGAAAAAACUGUGUACUACAGCAGUGGAAACAAUUGUUCAGCCUAGUGAAAUAAGUAAUAAAACAUUAAAACGUAGAAUACAAAAUAACACUCUAGGAAUAGAAUCGUUCGUUCACGAUAGUGUAAUUUGUGACACAGAUAUGAAGAGUAAGAAAAAACUUAAUACUACAGCACUUGAAACAGUUCUUCAGCCUAGUGGAAUAAGUGACAAACCUUUAAAACGUAGAAAACAAUAUAACACUGUAGGAAUGGAGUCAUUCGUUCACGAUAAUGUAAAAUGUGGCACAGAUAUGAAGAGUAAAAAACGACUUAAUAGCACAGCAAUGGAAACAAUUUAUAAGCCCAGUAAAAUGUGUGACACAGAAUUAAAGAGUGGAGAACAUAAAGAUAUUGUAGAAAUAGAUCCAUUCGUUCACGACCGUGAAAUGUGUGACGCAAAUAUGAAGAUGAAGAAAAAACUUCGUACUAUAGCAGUGAAAACCGUUGUUCAGCCCAGUGAAAUAAGUGACCCAUCAUUCAAAAGAAGAGAACAAAACAACAUUGUUGGAAUAGAAUCAUUCGUUCACGACCGUGAAAUGCGUGACGCAAAUACGAAGAUAAAGAAAAAACUUACUACAGCAGUGAAAACCGUUGUUCAGCCCAGUGAAAUAAGUGACCCAACAUUAAAAAGUAGAAAACAAAAUAACAUUGUAGGAAUAGAAUCAUUCGUUAACGAUAGUGUAAAAUGUGACACAGAUAUGAAGAGUAGGAAGAAACUUAAAAGCACAGCAAAGAAAACCAUUUUUCAGCACAGUGAAAUAUGUGACGCAGAAUUAAAAAGUAGAAAUCCAAUUUACACUGAAGGAAUACAAAGAAUAGUUAACGCCAGUCGUAAUUUAAAUUAUAUUGAAGGACCAGAAUCGACUGCACCUUUAAGUUCAACACAUGAUAAGGACAAAAAUAUCAGUGUAGGAAUAGAGUCAAAAGCCCCUUCUGUUGAACAGUGUGACGUAAAAUUAUUUAAAAUCCCAAAAGAAAAAUAUAACACGGAAUCAAAGAUUCGAAAACGAAACAAUAAUGUCAAAACAGUAAAAAAAGAACAUUCUAAUGAAAAUUUGAAUAAAAGUCCAAAUGAUAGUACAAAAAAAGUUAAAAAUAAAGAAUUAAUGAAUAAAAUACCAAAGCCCUGCAAAACCUACCUGCGAAAUGUAUUUGCGUGCGACCAUUGUGAAUAUGUAGCAAAGAAAAAAAAUAAUCUAAUCCGUCAUCUAAUGACACACACAGGUGUAAAACCGUACUCCUGCAAUCUAUGCGAUUAUAAAAGUACACAGAGUCUGCUUCUAGCGAACCACAAAAGAACGCAUACGGGGGAGAAACCAUAUUCGUGUUCAUACUGUGACUUCAAAUGUGGAAGUAAUAGCUCUAUAAGAACACACGUGAAAAUCCACACAGAAGAAAAAAGAUAUGCGUGCAAAUAUUGCAAAUAUGAAUGCAGACUGAAUGGUUCUCUGGUCAGACAUAUGAGAACGCAUACUGGCGAAAGGCCUUUCUCGUGUUCUGUGUGCGAUUAUAAAUUCAAACAAAAGUCUGCUCUGGUGACUCACAUGAGAAGGCACACAGGUGAGAAACCCUAUUCGUGCGACGCGUGCUCUUAUAAGAGCACGUGCAAAAGUACUUUAUUGAGGCACAAAGCUAAACACGAACGCAAAAAAUCUUACUCAUGCAAAUAUUGCGAGUACAAAAGUACAAAGAGCUCAGCCCUUUUGUCGCACAUGAAAAAGCACUCGGGAGAAAAAACUCACUUUUGCAAACUAUGCGAAUAUGUGUGUAACAGAAAAAGCGAUUUGUGGGUUCAUUUGCGAUCACAUAAAGACAAUAAAGGUUUCCCAUGCGCACAGUGCAAUAUGAGUUGUACGCGCAUAAGGGAUCUGGAGAGGCAUGUUAUGAGAAAACAUAAUGCGGAAAUAUUGGGCAUUUAACCGCGCUGGUGCAAUAUUUAAAGAUUAUAAUUUAUCAAUAUUAUUUCAUUUAAAAAAAGUAUAAA